CUUCACGUGCCUCGGGAGAACUAUCACAAUCCGAAUUUAGAAAUACCACUCGACGCAAAAAAAUACGAUAUUUUCAUAAUUCUCUCAAUCCGCAAACCAAACCCGGGACCAUAGCCAUGGGCCGCACACUCGUCACCGAAGUCGUCCAGACGUUCAACUGCUCUCCCGAUGAGUUAUGGCCCGUCUUCGGUCCCGGCUGGGCUAGUCUCAAGCUCUGGAUGCCGGGUGUAAAGUCCUGCUCGCUAUCCCCUCCAAAUGUCGAGGUCGGUGCAGUGCGGUCGGUCAUUGUGAAGGGAAACCAACUAAGUGAGAGGAUGAUACGAUAUGACCCAGACGACUAUUUCACCGAAUAUCUUGUUCUAGACCCCCAUCCGUACCCAGUCAAAGGCUUGUACGGAAACACGAGGUUGGAGAGAAACGGAGAGAAUGGGACGAAGAUUACGUGGUGGGCGGAUGCUGACGAGGCAGAUGAAGAGGGCAUAAAGGUCGCGGGGCCGUAUCUUACGUCGCUUUUCGAAUCGGGGCUUGGGUCGUUGCAUAAGUUGCUGGAGGCUUGAAGAGGUGAAGAUGAGGACACGCAUUUAUAAUUUGACACUAUUGGC